AUGCCCGAAACACAACGCCAUCCACUGCACUUCAGGCCGUUUCGGCGCUUCUUCCGGGCGAGUUUCGAGCGCUGGUUCAGCUCCGCCGGUGCUGCCCGCCACUUAGGGCCUCCUCAGCUUGGCCGCAGCAGUCACACCCUCCGCACCGCCCUCUCGCGGCCUCCGCCCCAUCAGCGCCGCGCAGGCGCAGGGCCAGGGACACUACAGCUCCCGGCGGCCAGCGCGCCGUCGCGGCUCCAGGAUCCCUUAGGCCCUGCGCGGCUGAAGUGGGCGGUUAUGAAGUCUCGCGGCACUUUGGCGGGCCUGCGCGCGGGAGGUUUUAGCGGGCUGGGGACGGCGGCGCGGCCGUUGUGGGUCUGUGGUCUGCUUGGCUACGUUGGUGAAGUUGCUGAGCACCAUGGCCCCCCACUGGAAGAGGAGUCAUCUUUGGCUCUGGACCACUCCCGUGCAGAAGCAUACUUCAGAGUCUCUUCCCUUCCAAAAGGUGGCUUGAUUUUAGGAAGAAGAGCUGUGAAUGACUUUAGGAAGAAGAGCUGUAAAUGGCUAAAAGAUAUUGCAGCACAAGAAAGAAAUUUUCCACUAAUUACACCUUCUUCACUUGUUGCUCCUGGUGGUCCCAGAUUUACUGUCUUACUUUAUCAGUUUGCAAGACAUGUAAUGCGUAAGGACCUGGAAGCAAACUCUGUAGGCAUCGAUAUACCUUUUGCUGAAGCUGCAGCGUCAAGGCCUGAUGUACACAUGGCAAUCGCAAGAUGUAGAGUUGCAUACAAUAAACUUCGGCAAAUUUUUCAAAAGGAAGAGUUUGUUAGGCAAGAAUAUGAGAAAAAAGCACAGCUUUUGACUGAAGAAAUAGAACAGAUAAAGUCUGAAUAUGAAGCCCUGCAGAUACGGUCUUGCAACAUGAAACAAAACGACGAAAACAAAAGUUAUGAAACUGAGAGAAUUCAACAGGUUCGCAGCAUGUGGACAUCUAUAAUGGAAAUGUUCACAUCUGUGGCAAGGGAAAAAGAACUUGUGGCUUCAGUACUUCAUACACUUGAACAUCAUCUUGGUCAAUGCAUUUUUGAUGGAAGUAUUGCUUUUAGAAUUCCAGAGUUGUUGAUUCUCAGAGUUGAAGGGGAUGUACAACAACAUUGUUCGAGAAAUGUAUAUGAAGGCAAAUCACUGAACUUCUUGACAGUCGUUCAGUUAUUAAAUGAAGCCCUGAGAGCACUGAGAGAUGAACAUUGUCAAUCUGAACUCAUGCAACUUCAGGCCAUUAACAAAAUGGUUACCUUCUGCAGAAAAGCACACGGAAUUUUGAUUGCAAAGAGGCUAGAAAUACAGCAACAGUAUUCUGUGUCAGCAAGCACAUUUAUUUCUAGAAAUCAGGAAGACUGGGAAGUGAACUGGAAAAGCUUUCUUGGUUUGAAUCCACACAAUCAAUUCGCAGAUCAGGAUCCACAACUUGGUUUGUUAAGACCUCCACCACCUCGUCCUUUUGGUCUUGCAGAAGAAGAGCAGCAUAGUAUACUUAGACAGCAUCUAGCAUCAGCUUCAGAUAUUUAUGACUCCACUCAUGAAGUGCGUUAUGAGAAAGAUGAUGUGGCAUUGGAAACUCUGAUGAAUAAGUCAGCACUACCACCACGAUGGUAUGAUGUUAACAAGAAAUCGAUAAAAAAAGCAGUGGCCACUUGUUUAAUUUGUUUUUUUCUCUUCCCCCCCAUCUCCAUCUCUCCCUCUAGGCUCUCUUCAGUGCCUUUGGAGUGGUCAGAAGUGUCUGAAAACAGAGGAAUAUUAAUUGAAAAGAACUCGCAUAUUGGAACUUGUAAGGGGCAGAAAAUGCCUGUGCUUCCAAAGACUGUAAAGGAAGAGUCUUCCACUUCAGAAGCACAGGAGGAUGGAGGUGAUCAUGUUAUCCAGACAGAGUCUCCUGUCAAAAAAGACCUUCUUGAGAAAGUCAGAGAUGAACUGGCAGAGGAGGUUGCAAGAACAGUGAUGUCUGACUCACCUCAGCGUGAUGAAGGAAAAGGGAUGUCAUUUGGUGAUCUCAUUAACUGUCUGUCUUCUGACCCAUUUUUAACAAGGAAACAGGUUCCUCAAACUCCGGCUUUGUUUACUGAAAUGAGGAGCUCAUGGAGAAAAGCUCUUCAAACUGAGGGAUUAUCAGAGAUAGAGCUGGCCCCAGCUGAGAUAAUGACAGAAGAAGCUCCUAUGGAUAAUACUGCUGUAAUGACGAAGGCAGCAGAUCAUGGAUUCACAGGCCCAGUAUUUGUGUCUGGUGUACCUGACUUGUUGGGAGAAACUUUGCAAUUGAGUUCAUUUAGACCUCAAGAGCAGAUGAGGAUAAAUAGUACAGUUGAAUCUCCAGUUUUGGAAACAUCUGGAGAGCAGAAGAGUGACAAAAAUGAAGCACAGGAAGUAACAUGCACUGUUUUGAAGGAAAGUUCUCUAGACGAUACAGAAAAGCAGGCACUUCAAUAUGUAAAGAAGACCAUGGAUCCUCCAGCUAUUCUUUCAGAACACAACGCUAGAACAAAUGUUCUAUGUUCAGAUCCCUCUCAGGAUUUCUUACUGGAUAGGACACUGCCCUGGAAGUCAUGUUCAUUCCUAAAUCUUCUCUGUCCUGAGACUGGCUGCUUGGGGAUAUUGGAGGAGACACUUCCAGAAGAUAGCAUAGAUCUCAGUCAAUCUAUAAGCUUGCAAUGUGAUGUUGAUGAGGUAAACAGUAAUUGUGCAACAAGCAGUUCAGAAGAUAAGGGAAAUACUGAAAAAUCAACUCUAAAUCCACAGUUCCUGCUCAACAGAUAUGAAGCACUGAAAAAACCUGCAGCUGCAAGUGAAGAGGAGGUGCAUCAAACAAGUAACGAAGGUGAAACUGGAAGUUGCGGAUCAGGCCAAAGUCUUGCGCCAGAAAGAAGGGAAGAGGAUGAAUUUAGCAGUUAUGAAGAAGUCUUUUUGCAUAAGGAGUUCACCACAACACCAUCACCAAGGUCUCUUGAAAACAGAAAAUAUUCCCUGGCAUCUCCACAAGUAGCCUGUGAAGGUGUGACAGAAAUGGCAUCAGUUGGACACGGACUCCCAAAAGAUGAAAUACAUAAGUUGAAGGAUAAAGAGCAGUUGGAUGAGCAGCUGGGCACAAAGGACCCAUCUUCAGAAUAGAAUUUGCAAAGCAGAAGCAUAGUAACACAGUUAGGGUUCAUCUGAGCAUCUUCUCCAUCACUGUAUAUUUGGAGAAGCCUGCACCCUUUUCAGUUUCUUUUUGCAGAGA